ACUUAUUUUCGCCCAACUUAGUGUGUUGCGAGCGGAAGCACUAAGUUAUACUGUCGUGCAAACGAGAUCUCACAAGUUGCCGUCAAAUCUCGUUUUAUAAACUGUUUUUGGGUAAACAUUAAUUUUACUAACAACAAAAAUGGCCCUCACCGAUGCGGACGUCCAAAAACAGAUCAAGCACAUGAUGGCCUUCAUUGAGCAAGAGGCCAAUGAAAAGGUUGAAGAAAUUGACGCCAGAGCUGAGGAAGAGUUCAACAUCGAAAAAGGUCGUUUGGUCCAAACGCAAAGGGUGAAAAUAAUGGAAUACUAUGAGAAAAAGGAAAAGCAGAUUGAACAGCAUAAAAAAAUCCAGAUGUCCAACCUGAUGAAUCAAGCAAGGCUGAAAGUGCUGAAGACCCGUGAUGACAUGAUAGCGGACAUGUUGUUCGAAGCUCGACAAAAGCUUGCAGCGAUUGCUCAGGAUUCUGCCAGAUACUCCGCAUUGCUAGAGGGUCUUGUGCUUCAGGGUUUCUACCAACUGCUGGAAGAGAAAGUUAUCAUUCGGUGUCGACAGCAGGAUGUGGAGAUGGUUCAGGCUGCUGUGAAUAAGAACAUCCCCAUCUUCAAAGAGGCUGUGAAAAAACACAUUGUAGUCAAAAUUGACAUGGACCAUUUUCUACCAUCAAGCAUCUGUGGGGGAGUGGAGGUGUAUAACAACAAUGGCAAGAUAAAAGUAUCCAACACUUUGGAGAACAGACUAGAACUUCUAGCACAACAGAUGAUGCCUGAAAUCAGAGUGUCCUUAUUUGGAGCCAACCCCAACCGCAAAUUCACAGAUUAAUAGCGCAUGCGACGGGCGCAGCAUUUACACACGUGUAGAUCAACACUGUGUUGCAUACUACUUCUGACAACUAGUAUAUUUCCUCAAGUGCCUUAAUUUUAUAAUGGAACAGAUUUAAAUUUGUCUCAGCCAUUUGUGUGUAAUUGUUUUGCUUCAAGAGAAAUGAACAGUAUUACAAUGUAUACAACUGUAUACAACCAAACAAUAAAUGAGUACAACAAA